AUGGCUGAAAAUUACACUAAGAUUCAGGAAGACAUUGCUACGAAAAUAUUUAAAUCUAAAUCAAAUUUCAAAAAAUCGCCAAAGGAUAGACUAACUUUAUCUUAUAUCGAAACUCGUUUGGAAACUUUAGAACGGCAGUGGAAUGAAUUCAUUAGUAAUCAUCGAAAAAUUGUAUAUGAGAUAAGGCGCGAAGAACUAGAAAAAACUAGUUAUUACAUAUCAGAUGUUUACGAUCAAACCGAAGAGAUAUAUAUCGAGUACAAAUCGCUAUUAAAAGACACAUUGUUAAACCUGAAACCUAGUCUCAAUCCAGAGAAAGGGGAUGAGAAGAAGGGUGGUGAACAAACUGCAGUAAAGCUGCCUAAGAUCUCAGUGCCGAAAUUCUCAGGCAAAUAUUCAGAAUGGAAAAAGCACCACACUCUACUUCAUCCUAAAAUCCCUAAAUCAGUUCAUGACAUAAAGACUGAUCAGCCUGUUGAUAAUAAGGUUGCGGCUAAGUCAACCCUACCGCAGACUCAUAUCGAGUCCCCAAUUCCCCAAGUAGUUACUACUUGUUUUUCUAACACAAUUGGACAAGUCUUAUUGGCUACUGCUUUAGUAAAAGUAGUGUCACCCAAAACGAAUUCUGCAUUCGUUUUAAGAUCGCUGCUUGAUCAGGGAUCUCAGGCUUCGUUUAUUACGGAAUCGGCUGUACAAUUGCUGGGUCUCAAAAGGAUACCAGGGACCAGUAUAGUAUCAGGUUUAGGCGGCGACCAAUCGACUUUAGCUUCAAAGUCGUCGGUAGUUAUAAAAAUUCAGUCCCGUCUUGAUCCAAGCUUUUCUAUUACAGUUAAGGCUCAUGUUUUAAGUAAACUGACAACUUUUCUACCAAGUAGUAAGGUUUUUGUUCAAGCUUUACCAGCACUCCCGUCCAUGGAAUUAGCUGAUCCAUCGUUUGACACACCCAACAGAAUAGAUAUUCUUUUAGGUGCUGAGGUAUAUAGCCAGAUCUUGUUGGAAGGUUUGAUCAGAGGUUCUUCCGGCUCUGUCGUUGCACAACACACAAGACUCGGUUGGAUCUUAUCUGGUAAAAUACACAGCGAAAAUCAAGAAAUCAACCAUGGCGAGACGUGUCUCAAUGUAGUAAACCUACAUUUAGCUCAAUCAAAUGAGAACGACCUUCUCAAAAAAUUUUGGGAGCUAGAGUCCGAACCAUCCUUUGAUAGGACUAAACACUUAACUCUAGAAGAGAAAAGGUGUGAGGAACUUUUUGUUAAAACUACUAGACGCGAUGAGUCUGGUAGGUACAUCGUCAAACUACCCUUCAAAACGGAAAAUCCACUUUGUCUACACGGUAAUCUAAAGAAUAUCGCGCACAAGCGUUUUCUCAUGUUAGAAAGACGUUUGUUGAGAACACCCAAUCUCAAAACUGAGUAUUCCAAGGUCUUGGAGGAGUACCUCAGUUCGGGCCAUGCAGAAGUGGUAAAACCAAGUGAAGUGGUCAAAAAAGGAGUAGUAUAUCUACCACACCACGCCGUGGUUCGUCAAGAUAAGUCUACUACAAAGGUUCGCAUGGUGGUUGACGCGUCAUGCACCGAUUCUAAUGGAAUAUCACUGAAUAGUGAAUUAAUGGCGGGUCCUACUCUCCAACCAGAAUUGCGACAUUUGAUAAUGCGAUGGCGAUGCUACCCGAUCGCUCUUGUAGCCGACAUUGUUAAAAUGUAUCGGCAGAUAAAAGUGGCUGAUGAAGACGUAAGUUUUCAACGUAUAUUUUGGCGUGAAAAUCCAGAUGUCGCAUUACAACAUCUUCGUUUCUUGCGAGUAACUUUUGGUACUUCCUCAGCCCCAUUCCUUGCUGUUCGGUGUCUCCAGCAGCUAGUCAACGACGAGGGUUCUGAAUUCCCAUUAGCGGUCUCUAGAGUCCUUAAUGAAUUUUAUAUGGAUGACUUGAUGACCGGCUGUCAUUCCAUAGCUGAAGGAUUAGAAAUUUACGAGCAAAUUACUGCUUUGUUGAAUCGUGGAGGAUUUCCACUUCAGAAGUGGUCAAGUAAUAGCAAGGACUUACUGAAGGUAAUCAAAAAGGAGGCAGAUGAUGUAAACCAGAAUUUGGAACUAAAGACCGACGACGUUAUAAAGAUUCUCGGUCUGAAAUGGAAUAGAGAAGCUGACGAAUUUCGUUUUACGGUCGAUCUCCCUCCUUUGCAAGCUCCUGUAACAAAACGAAAGAUGAUCUCUGAUAUUGCUCGUCUCUACGAUCCUUUUGGGUGGAUAGCACCGGCUAUAACCACAGCCAAAAUUUUUAUUCAACAGGUGUGGCUAUCCAGCGUCGAUUGGGAUAGUUUCAAGUACCCGAAACAAGGAUACUUGAGUCGAGGGUAA